AUGAAGUCUGAGCAAAAAGGGUUUUACUCGUCGCUAGCUUACAAUCGGCAUCAGGACAGAUCUGCUGCCACCUCGGCGGUACAAUGGGGUGGGUGCAUCGCAAUCGUUUUGGACCAAGUGGCGCACAGGGCUAAGGAAGCUGGCAGAGAUCCCACGGGUUUAGGACAAUGGGCCUAUGUUCGUCUCCAAGGAAGGAAGUUGAAAGCCCAUGGGGGUAAUGUUCAGGACUCUUUGGUUGAGCAAGGCCUCGGUGGAUCUACAGUAUGGGCACAACACAGGCUUCACUUUCAUGCAGUGAAUCGAAAAGAUAAUCCAAGGAAAGCCUUUGUGGACGAUCUUUGCAAACAGAUCACCAAAUGGCGUGAUGAAGGAUGUGAGGUGGUUUGGGGUAUAGAUGCAAACGAGGAUAUCACUGUCAACGCACCCCAGUCUAUCCGCCACCUCUUCGGGGCCUGCGGUCUUGAGAAGGCGAUCCUAAAAAACCAUCCACCACAAGCGACCCACCAGCGCAACCAACAGAACAUUCCAAUUGAUGGUAUCUUCACCACUUCAGGCGCACCAAUCCUUGCAGGUGGGUACUACGCCUUUGACGAAUUCUUCGCGGCUUGUGGAUUGACAUUGAUCUUUCCGCCUCCUUGGGCAACUUCCAACCUCAGAAAUCCAACUUCAAGCCACGGAAGCUGUCCCUCCAAGACUCUUGAUCUGUACGCAAAUGUCUUCAAUUGGUUCACAAAGGUUAUGCCGAGUACUCCAUCCCGGAGAGAUUGA